GAGGGAGGUAUAAAAACACUGGCAGCUGCUCUCUGAGUCUUACUCUGAGGUAAAUGCACUCGCUGUCAACACACGGAGAGCCUCUGAGAACUUGCCGCACACUUUCUCUCCCUAUUUGUCACAUCCUCCCUCGGCUCACUUGAAGGCUCGGCUCAACAAGUAGCCGUUCAAGAAUGAUGCGACCCAAAGAUUUACGCCAGGGCUCUGGCACCAAGACCUUCCUAGACGCCAUGCAUGGUGGUAAAGUCCACCUGGCGCGCUUCAUCCUGGACGCCUUGGACGGACGCAUCAUCAACUCCAAGACAGAAAACAGCCGCACCCCGCUCAUGUACGCCGUCUGCCUGCAAGACCCUGGGACCAGGGCCAAGUUCACCCGUCUGCUGCUGGAGAAAGGGGCGGAUGUCAACUGCCAGGAUGAGGAUGGUCGCACGGCUCUGAGCAAUGCCUGCGAGAUGGGUCACCUGGACGUGGUUAAGCUUCUAGUGCAGUUCAAUGCUGACCCGGACGUCUCUGACGCCUGGGGUAACAGCGCUCUGAUGUAUGCUGCCUUUUCUGGGCACAGCCAGGUUGUUGAGUUCCUGGUCCGGGCUUUCAAAAGAAUGGGACUGAGGCUGGACAGAACCAACCAUGCUGGUCACUCAGCCAUCGAAGUGGCUAACUUCUUUGGACACAAGCAGUGCGUGCAGAUUCUGAACUUUCCUUGCAGGAGGGGUGUUAGCACAGAUGAUCCCCUUGCUGACUCGGGUACCAUCGGUGCAGCAGAGUGCCGGCUGCCCAACAGGCUCCCCAGGCACGUUCUGGAGAGGUUCUCCAAGCAGGUGAAAAACAAUGAAGACCAAUUGCCCGGGGUGUUUCAGAGACAGCCGAAGAUCGGAGACAGCAGCGGGAUAUGGAACCGCUUCAGAUGUCCCAGGAGCCAGUCUCAAGAGGACAGUCAUCGCCACAGCUGGGCUCUGCCUCCUCAGAUAGAGAAAAGCCAGAUCGAGGGGGAUCACAGCGUUCUUUUCACCGCCAAACAACUGCAAAACUGUCAGCUUAGAGACCUCAGAGGGGCUAAAACACUGAACUCUCUGCCUGAGCCAAGCCAGAAAGAUGUCAGCCGAGACCCUGGACUCCAAGAGGAAACACCCGUAACUUUUCCUCCCUGGGGGAAAGCGAAGUCGUUCAACAUGGACCUCCUGAGCAGCAGAAAGCAGUCCUAUCAGGGUGAUGUGUGUGACAUGAGUCUGUCAGCCAGCAAAUUAAAGAGAGCCUCGCUUCAGGAUGAGAGAUGUCUGAUAGACAAGAUGGAAUGUCAAGGGAACACCCGGGGCCUGACAAACGAUGCUGACAAAACUGUCUCCAUGCCAAAACCUCUUUUAAGCGGCAAGAGUCAGCCCGUGAGAGCACUCGAGGAGAAUGUCAAAUCACAGAAAGAAGAGGCUAAUGACACAGCCCCAUCCAGCAGAAGAGAGCAGCAGAAGCGAGGGAGCCUCGGCCCAAUCGGCAGACACAACAAACUGCUGUUUGCCAGAGGGGAGCUGGAGUCAGGGAAGAUCCCGAGCCAUACGCCGGGGCUCAUGGGUCUUGGGACCAGGCUGCUGCGUCGAUUCACCGCGCCGGAGUUCAUGAGAAUGGUUAUAGACUGUUCGGCGGGCUCCGCGAACGGCAGAGGGAGGAUGUCCCGCUCCGAAACCUUCCCCCUCUCUCACACACACCAGCAGGUCAACAGCCAGCCGAGCGUCGACAGCAUCAGCGGAGUGAAGUGUGAGUUUGAAAGCUGCUCGUCUCAGUCCGCCCUCGAAGAAUAAGGACAAUGUCUAGUGACAGAAAUGGCUGGUGGGCAAAUUUUUACAGCACUUAAAAUUCUGACAGCGCAGUUUGACUGCCUGACAAAUAUAUUCUAUUUACUAGGAGAAACAAUAAUCCUCUGCUUAUGUUGCAGUUUAAUAGUUUUUUUCAAUGUUUAUCAAUAAAAAAAAAUGAGGGUUUUAAAGCUAAUUGUUCAGUUGCAUACAAUUUUGCUAUUCUAUAUUUGAGCUCAUUUAUAAAAUCAACAUGAUAUCCAUCUGUGAGCUACCGGAUACAACUAUUUUUUUUUCACAUAUAUAAAAUUUAUAUUGUAUGGAUUUCAAUGUAUUUGAUAUUGCUUCUGUGUUUAUAAGAAACAUUGUAUGUAUUUUGCUCAAAGAUAUUCAGUAAGCGUGCAAUGUAUGUUUCAGACUGAAUACCUAAUAAAAACCAGCUGUUCAA